CGCCCCGCCCCUCGCUCUCGGCCUGGCCCCGCCCCCUGAGUAGCCCCCCGCCCUCGCAGCCGAGCCCCGCCCCCUCCCCCAGGCCCUCGCCAGCAGUCCGGGGAAGGGACGGCGGGACAAGCGGGACGCGCGAGAGGGCAGACGGGGCGGGGAUAUGGCCGCGGCUCCCGGAGGGUCUGCGCCGCCCUCCGGCCCCGGCCCGCGCCUGGCUUUCAGCACCGCGGACAGCGGCAUCGGCAUGAGCGGGCUGAACCCUGGUCCCGCGGUGCCCAUGAAGGACCACGACGCCAUCAAGCUCUUCGUGGGGCAGAUUCCGAGGGGCUUGGACGAGCAGGACCUCAAGCCGCUGUUCGAGGAGUUCGGCCACAUCUACGAGCUGACCGUGCUGAAGGACCGGCUCACCGGCCUCCACAAAGGCUGUGCCUUCCUCACCUACUGCGCACGGGACUCUGCUCUCAAGGCCCAGAGUGCACUGCACGAGCAGAAGACCCUGCCAGGGAUGAGUCGUCCGAUCCAAGUGAAGCCGGCUGCCAGUGAGGGCCGAGGAGAGGACCGGAAGCUGUUUGUAGGGAUGUUGGGCAAGCAGCAGGGUGAGGAGGAUGUCAGACGCCUGUUCCAGCCCUUCGGCCAUAUCGAGGAGUGCACUGUCCUGCGGAGUCCUGAUGGUACCAGCAAAGGCUGUGCCUUUGUGAAAUUUGGGAGUCAAGGGGAAGCUCAAGCUGCCAUCCAGGGACUGCACGGUAGCCGGACAAUGACGGGCGCCUCAUCCAGCCUGGUGGUGAAGCUGGCAGACACCGACCGGGAGCGCGCGCUGCGGAGGAUGCAGCAAAUGGCUGGCCAGCUGGGCGCCUUCCAUCCAGCGCCACUGCCUCUCGGGGCCUGUGGCGCCUACACCACUGCGAUCUUGCAACACCAGGCAGCAUUGCUGGCUGCGGCGCAGGGUCCUGGAUUAGGCCAGGUGGCCGCGGUGGCCGCCCAGAUGCAGCACGUGGCGGCCUUCAGCCUGGUGGCUGCACCGCUAUUGCCUACAGCAGCCAAUGCAUCACCUGGUGGAGGUGGUCCUGGUGCACUCCCCGGCCUUCCAGCGCCCAUGGGGGUCAAUGGAUUCGGCUCCUUGACCCCCCAGACCAAUGGACAGCCAGGCUCCGAUUCGAUCUAUAACAACGGGCUUUCUCCUUACCCAGCCCAGAGCCCCGGUGUGGCUGAUCCCCUGCAGCAGGCCUACGCUGGGAUACACCAAUAUGCAGCAGCCUAUCCCUCGGCCUAUGCCCCAGUGAGCACAGCUUUUCCCCAGCAGCCUUCAGCUCUGAAUCAGCAACAAAGAGAAGGCCCCGAAGGCUGUAACCUCUUCAUCUAUCACCUGCCUCAGGAGUUUGGGGAUGCAGAACUCAUACAGACAUUCCUGCCCUUUGGAGCCGUUGUCUCUGCCAAAGUGUUUGUGGAUCGUGCCACCAACCAGAGCAAGUGUUUUGGGUUUGUUAGUUUUGACAAUCCAACCAGUGCCCAGACUGCCAUCCAGGCCAUGAAUGGCUUUCAAAUCGGCAUGAAGAGGCUCAAGGUCCAGCUAAAGAGACCUAAGGAUGCCAACAGGCCUUACUGAUCUGCAUUCACUGACCAGUCACAGACAGAAACUGAAGAGUGAGAAGAAAGGAAAAAGAAAAGCACAGAAAUGCUGGAGUGGCCCUACCGGAAGGAGUGGCAGCAGACGGAGGUGGACCAGACCCAGGGCUGGCGCCUGGGGCUCAGGCCACUCAUCGUGUGGGUUGUCCCACGGAGUGAUCAAGCUGGCAGGGCAACCAGUGCUGGCUGAGGAUCGACUGAUCUAAGGGAACCAGCAGAGGGCCUUGGGGGUGCCAAGGGCUUCUCAGCAAGGGAAGCCCAAACUUACUUUGUUCAGAAUCAUAUCAUUCCUUAGUGUUUAGGGACCAAAGGACUAUUGCUUUUUUUAAGAAUAUCUAUAUCUAUAUAUAUAUCUAUAAAUUAAAACAAAGAGAAAACAGAAGAGAGACAAAAAGACAGUAUAGAGUCUCAUAAAAGCUGCCUUUAACUAAUCCCUAGGAGACAGGGUGAAGGAGACCCUUAAUAGCCAGCCCCAGCCUAGGCAGAGGCGGCUGUGGAAGACUGUCCUGUGUCUCAUUCCUUCUGAAGCUACUCCCUUCCCUGCCCUUAAACAGAAAUGACAAAGGAUGUGAAGCCUAGGCUCAUAGUCCAGCAACAAGAGGGUUAUGGAAGCAGCGAAUCCACAGUCCCAAAACUCAGAUAGUAUCCCUGAGGAGGCCUCAGGAGGAUUCAGGCCUGCGCUGCUCUUUGCUAUGCUACGAGGGCCCCGGCCAUCAGAAGUGGGAAUCUGCCUUUCCUUCACAAUGCCCUUUCCUGGGGAGUCAGAGCCUCCCCAGGCAGGAAGAAAGAGGGAGCCUUUUCCUUCCCAGUCCAGGUAGACCAAGGCCACACCUUUGGCUAAGCUGAGACACCUCCCGUUCCCUUCCCCUUGCGACUGCCCCAGUGUCCCCUUGCUUCAGGCCACCGUCUGUCUCUUAGUCUGUUUGUCCCCCUGUGAAGUAGACUUGAGAUACACGUAUAGGGCUGUGACACAGACACGGAAGGCUUGCUGCUGUAAAUACUGCCGUUGACGAGGGGAUACUUUAUCUAUGUAGAAGCUUCAGAAUUAGAGGUCCCUCUUUACCCAGGACCCGGGAGGGAAGUAGAUGUUUUGCCAAAAUACUAAUUCAUUCCUUUAAAAAGUCCAUCUUUCCUAUGCAAGUGCGUCUCAUGUGUGCUUACCCGAGGUGCUUUUAGAUGGUGAGCCGUGUUCAGCUUAGAAGUGGUGUGUGCUCUGUCCGUCUGUCCUUGUCUGUCUGUUGUAUACAGUGGGUGCCAUAUAAAGCUGAUCAAUGGUGGUGCUUCCUGCUGCUUCUGUGAGAUGGGCAAAAGGUUCAGCUCAGAAUACCACGAUUCACCUUGUCUUGGUCAGCCCUCCCUGGGCCUACCAGACCUUGAAUACACUUUUCCCCCGGGGGAAUAAUUUACACUCCCACCACCAAGUCAUGGAUCAACUUAGUUUGAAGCCCCACCGAAUAGGGGAUGCUCUGGUCCAGCACUGGAGGCCUGCCAUCCGAUAGAUAACACUGGGGCAUAAACGAUGUGGGAGGGAAAGAAGAUAAUUCCUUCUAGGCUCUUUUGAAGAAAACCUGUUCCCCGCCCCCCCCCCACACACACAGCCCCGUUCCUCUGUCUUUGACUGGUUUUUGGAAGUAAUGAGAACUAAAACUAGAUUUGUCAACAUUGCUAGGUUAGCUGUGGAUUACAUCCACAGACACUUGCCAGAUGGGAGAGGGACUGGUCCUGAGGCACACAUACACCCGCACAGUGCUAACCCACAGACAAAUGCCUCGGGUACAGGUAGAGAUAUACAGCACCUGCCUAUUCAAACGAAAAGAUAUUCAUGGACUUAGAGACAUAACUCAGACAGUACAGUGUUUACCUUGUGAGCCCAAGGACCUGCGGUCAAUUCCUCAGAACUCAUAUUAAGACAAACAAGCAAACAAAACAGGCAUGCUCUCAUACCCUCAGCCCUGGGGCAACAGAGACAAGUGGGUCUGGGAGGCCCACUGACCAGCCAUCCCAGCCAAAGUGGUGAAUUCGAGGACAAUGAGAGACCCUAUCUCCAAAAACCUAGGUGAUGACCCCUGAGGAAUGACAGCUGAAGUUGUACUCUGGUCUCUGCAUAUAUGUACACACACAAAACAGACUUCAGGCAUUCACCUAAAAGCAGACAGUUCUCAGUGCUAGGUGUUAGGCAUUGUUCUUGGGCUCAAGUUUCUCCCAAGUCCCAGGAGUUGAGGGGAAACACCAAUGAUUAAAGCACAUACAAUGGAGGGACACAUGUGGCCUAUACCAGCAAGAAAGCUACAGCCUGCUCUAAUGUUGGGAGAGCUCCAGAAAGUCUUCCUAGAGAUUAAAGUAAAGAGUCAUCAAGAAGGAACUAGGAUAUUCAAAGUCUCUGAGUGAUUGCAUAAUUUUGAGAAGGUAUUUGUAGCCAAGAAAUAAUAAUCUCUUAUUUUAGAUUCUGUUACAUUACAGAUAAGUCAAGAGCCUCUUAUCAUUCCUAAAUCUACCCGAACCUUAACUCAGUACUGAGUCAUGUCAAAGCAUUCGAAACAAUAUGGAAUUUAUUUUACUUCAUGCUAUAGGGUAUGAGCAAGGGCCUGGUAGACUCUAGAUCCCCAAUUUGCAGGUGUUGAUGCAAUUUAGGUCAAGUGCUGGCAAACGAUGGUGUGUCAGCCAGACCUGACCUGUGACAUAUUUUGCAUGGCAUAACAAUUAAGAAUGAUUUUUAAGAAUGAUUUUUUUAAAAAAUUCAAAGAUUUUGUUAUUUUUUUAAACUAUAGAUAUGUGUGCAUGUCUCUGCAGAGAAGUGCCCAUGACUGCAGGUGCCGUUUAUAGGCCAGCAGAGGGCAUUGGAGUUCCUGGAAUUGGAGUUACAGGUAUUUGCCAGCUGCCUGUUGAGGGUGCUACAAACUGAACUUAGUCCUUUGCAAGAGCAGUGCACAUUUUUAACUACUGAGCCAUAUCUCCAGUCCCUAUUUUAUAUUUUUUAAAGAGUUGUCAAAAGAAAAUGAUGAUACAGAGUCUUAUGUGGCUCACAAAGCUUAUAACAUUUAUCUGGUCUCUUAGACAAUAAGUUUACUAACCCUUGGUAAGGUAAUGGAAGAUUUGUAGAAUGUCUGAGUUUGAGCAACAUGGUGUUGUGUCUGUUUGUGUGUGCAUGUAAUAGUCUGGCCCUUUUUGAUUGCAAGUAUCAAAAGCUAAACACAAACAUCUUUAAGUCAUUAGGAAAUUAAAUAGCUUGCAUAAACACUAGAUCAAAGGCUAAAAUCGCUGCCUUCAGGCAUUAUUGGAUCUAGGGGUCUAAAUGACGAUGUAAUGUCUCCACCUCUUGAUUCUGCAUCCAUUUACAUGUUGAUCUCACUACUUCUUGCUCUAAAAUCCUAGGGAAGAUUUUCCUUAGUAUUAAAUCUAAA